UUAGUCCAUGGCUUUGGUGUUCGCCUGUCAGCAGCUACUAAGACUGACGCAAGCUGGUGAAGGCAGGGGGACUGGCACGGAGCAGAACAAGCCUCUCGGCAGACAAUUGGAACAGGAAGCAAGGAAGGAAAGGGUCUUUCACCCGGAGGAAGACUGGCAAACUCAUUGGGAUUGUGACAAGACAGCCACACACUAGCUCCAGAGACCACCCAUUCUUUAUUCAUCAUUUUUCACAUGCCCCACAGUCACAGACGAUAAGGACACACAAAAAAGGUCCACCAAAUAUCAGAAGAUGAACAGCACCUUGUCAAACACUUCCAUCAAGUGUGUUCGGGAUACCAGUGUGACAGCUGUGGUUUUCCCUGUGCUGUACAGCAUCCUCUUUAUAGUCGCCCUCAUAUUGAAUUCCCUGGCUGCAUGGAUCUUCUUCAGCAUCCCCAGCUCCUCAACAUUUGUUGUCUUUCUAAAAAAUGUGGUGGUGGCUGACUUUCUGAUGACCCUGACCAUCCCUCUGAGAGUCCUGAGUGAUGCAGGCGUGGGUUCAUGGCAGUUACGUGCCUUCCACUGCCGGUACUCUGCCGUUCUCUUCUACAUCACCAUGUACAUCAGCAUCAUCUUACUUGGCCUCAUCAGCCUGGACCGCUACCUUAAGAUAGUCAGGCCCUUUGGGAAGUGUGCCCUGCAGCGUGUCCGUGUUGGUCAGAUGCUGAGUGCAGCUGUCUGGGCUGUCAUGUUGUCUUUGGCAUUACCCAACGUUAUUCUGAGCAACCAGUCGCCACCGCACUCUGGAGGCAGACUGAAGUGCACCUCGAUGAAGAGCAGAGCUGGCUUGCUCUGGCAUGAAGGCUUCAACUACUUCUGUCAGGUAGUUUUCUGGGGCACGCUGGCCUUGAUGGUGGUUUGCUACACAUUCAUCAGCAAGAAGGUUUAUGAGUCAUACAAAGCCUCAAAGAGCAGAUCUCAAGCCACGAGUCGCAGAACCAAAGCAAAAGUGUUUGUGGUGGUUGGGGUAUUUUUCAUCUGUUUUGCCCCUUUCCACUUUGCCCGCGUUCCCUACACUCUGACCCAAACCGGCAGCAUGGCGAGUCAUUGCCGAGCACAGAACGCUCUCUACAUUGCAAAGGAAACAACCCUGUGGCUGUCGGCCACUAAUGUGUGUCUGGACCCGCUCAUCUAUGUGUUCCUCUGUAAGGUGUUUAGGAGAAGACUGACAGCCACAAUCUGCCGCAAGACACUCCACAAAGGUGCCAUCGACACCACAGCAACAUCAACUCAACUGGAGAUGUCACAGAUUGCCCAAAGUAACAAACUGUCACACAAUGGGAUGCCAGAAUGAGAUUUUGAACAAUGUACAGCAGAAAAUUAAUAAUUGUAACUGUUAAGGAGUGAUGAGACACUGCUUGGCAGAUUAUUUUACUUGUAAAUAGCACUUUAUCUUGAUGACACCGGUGUUAAAAAUUCUAAAAUGAAUGCAAAGUGAUCUAAAUCUAUUGAAUGGACAAUCUUAUGAGAGAGAAAAGACUCAAAGUAUCUGAAAGUGGUUCAUGAAGUUACAUAUUGACUACUGUUUUUGAUACAGCCCCACCCAAGCAUUUCAUGAUUGCUAAGUCAUCCCACACGUUUCCUUAAUGGUGUUUACUGUCAUUUUCCACUUCCUUCCACUCUCUAAUCUCCUUCAAACUGCUCUUUCCCUUUACAAAACUUUGGCGAAAGGGUAAACAGCUUGACAGCACAUAUUCUCUAAGGAUUACACCACAGGCACACUGUGACCAGGGACUGGAUGAUAAAAUAAAUAAAAUGAGGACUGCAAUA